UGUAUUUGGAAUUUCAAAAUUUUAUUGUUUACAUAUUUUUUCAUGUGUUUCAUGGACGAAUUUCGUCGGAUCAUGAAUAAACGUUAGUUAUUUUUAAUGGAACCAGUAUCAAUAUCUGAAAAGUCCAGAAGGAAAAGGAAGAAACGUAAAUCGCAAAAAAAAGAUUCCGAAACUGUAGUCAAGCCAGAAUGUUUCGAUGGAAUGACGAAUUGGCUGCAUUUACAAAAAACAUUAGAAAAGACAAAAGAGAGAGUUCCUAAAAGGUUAAAUGGUGAUAAAAAUAAACCUUUUAAAAGGCUAACUAAAAAACGUCGUCUUAUGCAUUCUGAUUCGACUUCGCCAAAAAAGAAAGGGAAAAUGGACAAUCAUUCAGACAGCUUUGAAAAUAGCAAAAAUGAUAGUGGAUGGGUGUCAGGAUCUGAGUUAGGCCCAGAAAACUCAACUGACCUAACAGAAGCAAAUGGAAAUUCCACAAAUGAGUUCUCGGACUAUGAUAGUCUGAAAGAGUUAACGAAAGUUCUAUCAAUGGAUUGUGAAAUGGUUGGAACUGGACCUGAUGGAAAGGACUCAAUUCUUGCCAGAGUUUCUAUUGUAAAUGCUUAUGGACAAUGUGUUUAUGAUGAAUUUGUAAAGCCUAAAGAGAAAGUCACUGAUUAUCGUACACAUAUAAGUGGUGUUAGGCCUUCAGACUUAAGAAAAGGAAAGGACUUGUUUGAAGUUCAAACAGAUGUCUCAACCAUGAUUGAAGGUAGACGUAUUGUUGGACAUGACCUAAAACAUGAUUUUAAUGUCUUAUUCAUCAGCCACCCACGCUCUUUAAUCAGAGACACAUCUAAGUAUAAGCCUUUCCGAGAAAUUAGUGGAGGGAAGACCCCAUCAUUAAGGAAAUUGACUUCAAUGAUUCUUGGAUGUAACAUUCAAAGUGGAGAACAUAGUUCAGUAGAAGAUGCUCAAGCUGCUAUGUUGCUUUAUUUAAGGCAUAAAAAAGACUGGGAACGCCAGAUUAAAAAUCUAAGGAAAAGGAAACCAGCGCAAUAAUGCAAAAUGUAUAUGAUGUCAAUGAAAUAAAUAUUUGUAUAUAUUAUACACAAUUGUAUUUUAGGAUGUUUUAUUUAUAUUUCUACUUCUCACUAUUAAAUAUGUCACUAUUCAUGA